CACAAGUAGAAAAAUAAUUAUUUGUUGUUGUUAGAAGUGUCAUAAAGAUAUAUACGUAAUUACUAACAUAAGUAAAAAUGGAUAAAGAAUUAAACAAAGCCAAAUCACACUAGUUAUACUUCCAAUUUUCUUCCCCCCCUUAUUUGUUAUUUUUCGCAAACAUUAUGGGUUAAUACUAUCUUCCCCCGUCCAAUUUUCACUUUCCUUUUCAUUCUCUCUUUUGUUUUCGUCCUUUUCAUUAAACACGAAUACGAGUAUGACACGAGCACGAAUAGGCACGACACGAUUCGAACCGUGCCCGGGCCGGCCUAGAAAAGUUAACAAAUGGGCUUGCAUGGCACUACAUGAAAACUGACUGGCCGUGCCAAGCACGGCAAGAAAUAAAUGGGCCCGAAGCGUGCCCGUGCCGUGCCGGCCCAAGCACGGCUCAAACGCCCAUGUACACACGAGUUCAAAAGAAGAAUGACUAAAUGUGACAUGUUUCAGUAAUUCAAGUGACAAAAAUUGAUAUUAAUUUUUUCUAGUGACUAAACAUGAGAUGAUUUUGUAAUCUCAUAUCAAAUCUUUAACAUUUUACUUAAUUUGUUUUCUUUUUCAGGAACGAGAAAAAGAAAAUCGAGAACCAAUCUCGUCGCUCUUCCUCGCCCUCUCCUUAGUCCUUACUGUCAAAAACAAUGCCGGCGAACUUCUCCGUCACAAAUUGAAUCUCCUUACAACUCUUCGGUUCGCCUUGUUGCGGCUGGCCGUCCAUCUCCGUAGAACUGGUCUGCCGCCACCGAAUGCACACAAUUCCAAUCCAAAGAGAAAGAGAUUGUCCUCCCUCUGCGUCGUCGCCCACGCUCUGUCCCUUCACUGUUAGAAAGUUCCAAACCCGACGAAGUUAGUUGAUUGAAGUUACAUAGAGGGUUUGAGGUAUUUCCUUUCCUCUACAGUCUUCCUCCCUUCCCACUACUCUUUCCUCUGGAAAUCAAAAUAAUUUCGCUGUUUGAUGAACCUUCCAUGAAAAUACUACGGAUACUUGCAGCGGUAAACCUCCCAAGGUUGAGACUUACCUGCUUUACUUUUGUCUCCAUUUCAUUCUAUCCCUGUAUCCCCAUUUUGGUUCCUUGAGGUUGGGAAUUUUGGUGUUCUUGGAUUGUAUGAAUCUUCCGCAAUGGCUACAACAUUCACUUGGUGUAGCCUCCAGGCCUCUCCGCUCAUAGCACCGCAAAACGCCAUGCUGAGAACCCCUUCAACCUUCCCAAAGGUUCCCCCGUUCCAUGGGGAAACUGUCUUUUCUCUUCGGGAGGCAUGCAAGCUAGGUAACCUCAGAGAAGCUGUAUCUACCUUUACUGCAUUGUUGACUGAGGAUCGUACCUCGCUUCUAGAUAACCCAGAUGAGGCCUACGCCCCAUUACUUGAGCUCUGUGCGAAAAGUAGGGCUUCAUCACUUGGUCGACAGGUUCAUGCUCAUGUCCUGAAAUUUGGUGUGGCAACCCCGGACUCUGUUUUCUUGAGCACCAAGCUUGUGUUUAUGUACGGAAAGUGUGGGUAUGUCUGCGAUUCACAGAAGGUGUUUGACAAAAUGCCCGACAGAACUAUCUUCACCUGGAAUGCUAUGAUGGGGGCUUACGUUUCAAACGGGAAAAAUUUAGAAGCCCUCGAGUUGUACAGACGAAUCAGGGUUUCGGGUUCCCCUCUUGAUUCUCGUACUUUUCCGUGCGCUAUGAAAGCUUGUGGAGCACUUGGUGAUCUUUAUUAUGGGGCUGAAAUGCACGGACUCGCGAUUAAAUGUGGGUGUGCUUCGGUGGCCUUUGUUGCUAAUGCUAUGGUUGCUAUGUAUGCCAAGUGCAAGGAUUUGGAUAGCGCACGGAAAUUGUUUGAGAGGAUGAAUGGCGGAGACGAUGAUGUGUUGUGGAACUCUAUGAUAUCUGCAUAUUCUGAAAAGCUUCAGUACUGGGAGGCAUUAGAAAUUUUUAAGAAAAUGAGGAUGGUUGGUGUUUCUCCUAGCACUUACACAUUUGUUGCUGCCCUUCAAGCUUGUCAAGGUUCUUCUAGCAUACUGGGUAGGGAAAUCCAUGCUGCUACUUUCAGAUCACAUCAAUUUUUUGAUGUGUAUGUUGCAAAUGCACUGAUAGCUAUGUAUGUGAGACAUGGGCUAAUGGUCGAGGCUGCCAGAAUUUUCGAUUUAUUGGAAGCUAAGGACAAUAUCACCUGGAAUUCCAUGCUGGCUGGUUUUAUCCAGAAUGGUCUUUUCGCUGAAGCUUUACAAUGCUUCCACGAUUUUCAGGAUUCUGGUCUAACACCUGAUGUGGUCUCACUAACAAGCAUCAUCACAGCUUGUGGGAGAUUAGGUUGUCUGUUAAAUGGCAAGGAAAGUCAUGCUUAUGCAAUAAAGAAGGGGUUUGCUUCUAAUCUGCAUGUUGCGAACACAAUUAUUGAUAUGUAUAGCAAGUGUUCUCGUGUAAGUUACAUGUACCAUGCUUUUAAGAUGACACCUGAAAAAGAUUCCAUUUCAUGGACGACAGUUGUGGCAGGCUAUGUUCAGAACAAUUGUUAUCUAGAGGCCUUAGAAUUGUCCAGGAAAUCACAGAUGGAAGGAAUGCGUGCAGAUUCAAUGAUGAUUGGCAGCAUUUUGCUGGCUUGCAGAGGAUUGAAACACUUUUUCAAAGUAAAAGAAGUUCAUGGUUACAUGAUAAGGCACAUUCUAACUGACCGUGUGCUGCAAAACACUUUGGUUGAUGUGUAUGGAGAAUGUGGGCAAGUUGAUCAUGCUGCUCGAAUGUUUGAGUUGAUUGAAGAUAAGGAUGCUAUAUCUUGGACAAGCAUGAUAUCAUCAUGCAUCAAUAAUGGAUAUGCAGUUGAAGCUCUUGAAGUUUUUCAGUCAAUGAAAGAUACUGCAGUUCAACCAGAUUAUAUUACUCUCGUCAGCAUACUCUCUGCAAUUACUAGCUUAUCAUCUUUGCAUAAAGGGAAAGAAGUUCAUGGUUUCAUAACAAGGAAAGGCUUUCUGUUAGAAGGAUCAUUGGGAAACUCUCUUGUGGAUAUGUAUGCUCGGUGUGGGAGUCUGGAGAAUGCUUACAAGGCAUUUAGCUGUAUCAGAAAUAAAAAUCUGGUUACAUGGACAACUAUGAUUACUGCAUAUGGGAUACAUGGGCAUGGCAAAAAGGCAGUUGAACUAUUCGGCAGAAUUGAGGAUAUAAACCUGAUUCCAGAUCAUAUAACCUUCUUAGCGCUUCUUUAUGCAUGUAGUCAUUCAGGACUGGUUGAGGAAGGCAAAACCUUUCUUGAAAUUAUGAAAUGCAAGUAUCAGCUAGAGCCCUGGCAAGAACAUUAUGUCUGUUUAGUGGAUCUUCUGGGUCGUGUGAACCGCUUGGAAGAGGCAUACCAAUUUGUGAAGAACAUGGCCGUUGAACCUGCUGCUGAAGUUUGGUGUGCCCUCCUAGGUGCUUGCCGAGUUCACUCCAAUGAAGAACUUGGAGAAAAAGUGGCCAAGAAGCUGUUGGAGUUGAACCCAAAAAAUCCAGGGAAUCAUGUGCUAGUGUCCAAUUUGUUUGCCGCAGAGAGCCGAUGGAAUGAUGUUCGAGUAGUGAGAAUGAGAAUGAAAGCAGAUGGGUUGAAGAAAACCCCUGGAUGUAGUUGGAUGGAGGUAGGAAAUAAGAUUCAUACAUUUAUUGCUAGAGACAAGGCUCAUCCAGAGUCACAUAAGAUCUAUGAGAAAUUAGCUCAGAUUACUGAGAAGUUGGAGAAUGAAGGGGGAUAUGUUGCCCAGACAAAGUUAGUCUUGCAUAAUGUAAGGGAGGAAGAGAAAGUUGAGAUACUCCAUGGCCACAGUGAACGACUGGCUAUUGCCUAUGGUUUGUUGAGCACUUCUGACGCUACCCCAAUUAGGAUUACAAAGAAUCUUAGAAUUUGUGAAGAUUGUCAUGCUUUCUGUAAAUUAGUGUCAAGAUUAUAUCAACGCGAACUGGUAGUCAGGGAUGCGAGUAGAUUUCAUUGUUUUCAGGAUGGGUUCUGCUCUUGUGCCAAUCUCUGGUAAAAUCACCUAUUGUUGCAUCUGUAGAGAAUGGACCGACCCGCUUUUUCUACCGGACAGCAGUUCUUGGGACCAAACCCGACAGAUUGGUAAUGAUGGUGAGAUGUAUGGGGAAUUUUUAAGGAUGCAGUUGGACCUAAAGUUGUUGCUUCUAUUAGAAAUGUAUGCAAUGAUGACAAAGCCAGUAGUGUGAAUGAAACGAGCCUUCACUUGGCACAAGACUUUGGUGUUAAGUCCAGUGCAGUUUCUGUUCCUUUGCCAGAAACCAUGCUAGGUCUUUAUCUUUUCUUGUCUAUUUUGAUCGUUAUAUUUUCAGGAGUUCGGAUAGCGGAAGUGAUUCUGAAACUGAAAGUAGCAGAAGCAGCAGUUCUGAAGACAAUCAAGCUGAUCGUGUUCUCUCUCGUAAAGGCAACAAUUCUACUAUAGUUGAAAAGUCAAUGUUGAAUAUUGGUAUGCUUUCUUCUAUGCAAUCAUCAUAUGCCAUUCAUAUGUGACUUGUCAUCACAUGGACAUGGCAAUACUUGCAUGCACUUUUCAUCUAAUUUGUUCACCUUUUAUAUUUGUCUCAUGGGUUAUUAUGGUACACAGAUGAAGUGAAAAAGUGUCGUGGUCAACAAUCAGAGAAAGCUACAGAAUAUAAAGGGAAUGCCAAAAAGAAGUCGUCAAUUGAAGUGGAUUCUCCCCUUGAAGAAGGGGAAUUGUCUCCGAAGCGGAAUAAGCUUCCAAAUAAUGGGUAUGAUAUAGAUUCUAAAGCAGAUGGAAAUGCUAUUAUUCACUCUUAUUCUCACGACUCAGAUAGAUCCAAGUAUGUAAUCAUCAUUUAAUUUUUUGUUGUAUAGGCUCAUGUUUCUGCCUUAUGAUUUUAGAGCUCAUGUAAGUUCCCCUCUUCACAUGAUUUACACAAGAGUGUCACGCCAAACCCUAGGAGACCAAACAUCAGCCAGAGGCGCAUCCCGAGCCAAAGUCCCCAAAAAGCUUCUCGGAGUCCAAAAUUGAGAAGUGAAGAUAGGAGUCCUGGUAGAAGGUCUGUUGAAAGAGAGCGGAGGAUUUCAAGAAGUCCAGUGGGCAGUCCUGCUCGUAGGGCCCAUGAACCUCUUAUCUCUAACCGAGGAUGAGCUGUUGAGUCACGAAGCCGAUCUCCUGAUGGUGUUUCCCAAAUGCAUUAAGAAAGGACGUGGCUUCACCGAACAGUAUUUCUUUGCUCGUCGAUACCGCACCCCUUCUCCCGAGGGCCCACGGAGGUCUUUCUAUUAUGGGGGAAGAAAUGUCAAUGAAAGGAACAACGACAGGUAGAUCAUAUCAUAAUCUGGUGCAUUUUAACUUCAUUACAAAACAUGUUUGGGGCUUGAAAUUAGGCUUGCCUUUAUCUUAUGCUUUUCCUAUUUGCUGUUCAGGUACUCAAGCUAUCCAAAUUAUUCAACACGUUCACCAUAUAGACGUUACAGAAGCCCAGCAAGAGGCAGGAGCCCCCCUAGGUUCUGUUUCUGGUUACACUCUCUAUCUAGGCUAUGCUCCUAAAUCAUGAAUGAAAUAGGAUUGCAUGUAGAUACUUAAGGUAUGUUUGUCUUGGCUAGAAAAUGAUCAACUUAAAAAGAGUUUGGCUUGAAAGCAAGCUAAAAUGAACAUACUUGUUCAGUAGAACUUCUUAAAACAAUUAUUUACCCUAAAUUCCACAAAUCAUUUAGAUCUAAACGUUGUCUCACUAAUAAAUUUCAUUUGGCUACUCCCUUUGAAAUUAAAAUAUAUUUGUACUUGUCAUAGUCAUUGCUGAAUGUCCUGUUAAUGAACAAUCUACCAUGCAUCACUCGCCAAUUGCUUUUUAUUUCAGAAAAUAAUUUUAUAUCAUAAAUCAACUCAACCAUUUCUAAAACCCAACCAUACACUGCAGAUAUGGACGUCGGAGAAGUAGAAGUAGGAGCAGAUCUCGGAGCAACCCAGGAAACUAUAAUGGAAGAAGGAACAGAGCUCGCAGCAGGAGCCAGAGCCCUCCUAUACAAAGUCCCAGUCCAAAGGCAAGCGACCUCCUGUUAGUGAGGGUUUGAGAACACGUCUUGGCCCUCGAAUUGAUGAUGGCAAUUCAGGUAAGAAAGCAAGAUUGAGGUCAACAUCCAGGUCUACUGCUAGCUCCAGGUCAAGGAGCAGGUCAUCAGCUUCUCUUUCGAAAUCUCCAGACCGUGCACCACCUAAACAACGUGGUAGUAGCAUGUCGAGAUCAAGCUCACUGUCAGGAGGGCAGCAAGGUUUGGUUUCUUAUGGGGAUCCCAGUCCCGAUAAGUAAGAAACAGCUGCCUCAUUCUGGAUUUGGUUGCUGAUCACAGGAGUACUCAGCAAGGCCUGCACUGUUGUAAUGAACAAGUAGUGGAUGGAAGCCGGAAACAUGGUAGCCUGUCGUUGGUUCGGGGUUUCUGUUACUUUGAGCCCCCUUGGUUUCAUUGGCUGGCAGAUUAACGUCCCUGUUAUCACAGGAGGUAAAAGACCAAAUUAAGCUGUUGUAGAAUUGAGCAAUCGGCGGUAGUUUCUUGGAAGGCCGGUCAUAUUAGCGGAGUGUAAUAAUGAACUUUCGCCAUUGAGAAGGCAGUUAAAAUCUUUUUCAGGAGAUCUUUCUUGAGGUGUUGAGCUUUAGACUUGAUUGAAGUGGCUGUUGGUGGUGAACAAUUUUUUCUAGUUUUGCUUGAACAGGGGAAAUUGCAAUUUUAGCUCUGGGUAUUGAUAGUUCCUAGCAAGGUGUUCGUGUUGGCCGACACAAGCUUUUAGGAACAGAUCAACAUUACUACAUUAUCUUCUUGAGAAGUAAGCCCUUCUGAAUGUUAAAUCUUUCUGUGUUUCUUUCUUUUCAAUCUUUUGCAAACUUCACACCAACCAAAACAAGAUCACUGCUGUUGCUAGCUCCGGAAACUAGAUGACAUCUUUCUUUCCAUGUUGUAGUUACACUCACAAACCAGACAAAAUGAUCAAUAGGGCAGCCUUGCACCUGAUGAAAUCAACUGCAGAAUGCCAAUCCACUGUGAGGCCAUCAAAGAUCAAUGAAGCGGAAGGUCUCAG